AUGAAAGGUCUUCUUCUGCUCCUCCUGUUUUCUCUGCUGUGCUUGGUCUCAGCUGACAUUCGAUGUCAUUCCUGCUACAAGGUCCCUGUGCUGGGCUGUGUGGAUCGACAGUCCUGUCGCCUAGAACCAGGACAAAAAUGCCUGACAACUAAUGUGUACCUUGGUAAGAUGUGGGUUUACUCCAACCUUCGAUGUGGCACACCAGAAGAGCCCUGUCGGGAGGUCUUCAACCAAACCGAACGCAAGCUGGGUCUCAACUACAAUACCACCUGCUGCGAUAAGGACAACUGUAAUAGCCCAGCCCCUCGGCCUACCCCUGCCCUGGCCCUUAUCUUCCUUACCUCAUUGGCUGGUCUUGGUCUCUGGCUCUUGCACUGA